AUGGAAAAACUUUUCAGAAACCGAUAUCUAAACGUUAGUGUAAGAAUUAUUAAGAGAGGUGAUGAGAUCCUAUUUUACGCAAAAGAUGUGGCGGAAUCUCUAGGGUACUCGAAUACGAAAAAAGCAGUUAGAAAUCAUGUUUGGGAAGAGGAUAAGUGCACUCUAGGGUCCAUCCAUAAGGGGUCCCUCGAGGGACCCCUUACAAAAAGUCAUCCCGGCACCGUACUAAUUACAGAACAGGGUUUGUACCAGCUGAUUUUUGGAUCAGAGCUUAAUACAGCAAAGGAGUUCAGGAACUGGGUAUUCAGAGAAGUCCUCCCAUCUACAAGAAAAACAGGCUCGUAUAAUUUACCAGAUAGAAGGUCACUUAGAUAUAACCAAAUAAUCCUUAUAAACGAAACGGACCUCCAUCACGCAGUUGUGAGUUACAUCAGAGACAACUACCUAGAGGCUGUAAUCAUACCUGGUCUAGGUGAGUAUCAGGACACUAUGUCAAAAAGAUGUGAUGCCUGGAAGAAGGGAUAUAAAGGUGGCCAACCGGAUCUUAUUAUAGAGAAUCCCAUGGGGAGGUACAAAGGAUUUGCUAUUGAAUUCAAGUCUCCCAAGGGCACUGGGGUUGCAAGUGAGAGGCAAGUAUUAUGGCUCCAAAAGCUUAUGAAAAUGGGAUAUAUGGUAAUGAUUUCAGACGACUUGAUAAAAACUUGUAUUAGAAUUAACGAGUACUUCUCCCUUAAGAAAACCGUAAGAAAAGUUGCAGUAAAGAAUCCAACUUGUACUACAAGGACAUACAGACCAAAGUUCAAAUCAGGUAAGUACUGAGUUAUCUCACAAGUUAUCUCACCAGCAGAUUUAAGAUAUCUCACCAGCAGAUUUAAGUUAUCUCACCAGUUAUCUCACCAGUAGAUUUAAGUUAUCUCACCAGUAGAUUUGAGACAUCUUACAAGUAAAUUUAAGUUAUCUCACAAGUAGACUCUAGAUGUCUCACAAGAUAAAACCCAGUUAAACCUAAGGUAUCUUACAAGUAGAAUGGAAGAUAAACCUGAGCAAACUCAAGUAGUAACAAGUGAAAAGAAGAAAGACCCAAAAAGAGUAGCUGCAGGAAAACGAUUAGCCGCAAUCAGCAAAAUAGCAAAGGAGAGGAAAAAGAAACUUGCAGAACCUGAGGAGUCAUCCAGCAAUAACAUGAUCGCAUAUGUAGGAGUGGUCAUCGCAUUGGUAUCUCUUAUCCUAGCAUUUAAUCAGCAUCAGAGGGAAACAAAGAAACCAGAACCUAAGUACAUCCCUGAAACUGUAGAAGUAACCAGGAAAGCUGAUGAGUCCAGGUUAGAUUCACUUGAAUGAUACGUUAAACAUAAUAUAUAUUAUAGCAAGAUGAGUAAAGAAUCAAAGAUGACCGCGGAAGUGUACAACGCAGUGUUACUUACAGCAGGAGCAGUUGGUAUAUCAAGGGCAUCGAAAAAACUUUUGAAAGAACCGUUAGGAACCCCAGAGAAUGUAAAAGGAAUGGUAAAGUUAGCUGUCUCAGUUAGCCUCUCAUCUCUACUAGUCUCCUACCUGAAAGAAAAGAAGUAUAUACCAGAUGAUCCAUUCAAACCUAAGUAA